AUGACAGCGAUAUUUCUGAUUUCCUUCUUGGUCACCCUUUUUUUCAAAAAUGGUGUGCAUGCAUAUACUUGCGCCAAAGAAUUGUACAACAUCAACUUCAGGGAUCUUUCAGUUACGGGCAUGGUUUUGGACCAUGCACAGGCACGUCCAAUGCUAGGAAAAUGGGUUUAUUUCUUUUUCAGUCAUUUUUCUAACCCUACUGAUGCAAUAAAUUAUGUAGAACAUCUAAAUGUAUACGCUUUAGAUAAUAAGGACCAGGCAUGCUUCAUUCGAGCUUUCACUAUAUAUUUAAUUCAAAACUAUGCUAAGGAUAUAAAAGCUAUGUCAAAUACAGACAACUAUGAGACUUAUUUCAAAAACUUAUUAAAAGAUGUGCAAAGCGAUGUAAGUAAUGAUUUUCUUUCUCUAUUCAGCAGUCAACUGCUUGUGGCGCAAGUUCACAAACUAUUACUUAAUCAACAGGACAUAGACAAUUUGAAGAAUGAUCCACAUAUUUUUAAGACCUUAAUUUCCAAAGCUGAUAGAAACACACAUGCUACUUACGAACGUAAUCCUAUUCCAAGUUUCGGUCCAUAUGAUGUCAGGGUGUUUAGAAAACUUUAUUUAGUAAAAGACGACCCUUCUAUUAAUAUGUCCGAAGUAUAUGCAGCACGUGAUAUUAACUUUUUGGCUUUUCUUGGUGUUUCCGAUUUGUACUACAAUUCUGAUAUAACACAACCUGCGAGAGGUACUUCCAUAGUUAUUAGCAACAGAAAAAGAUUAGGAAUAAGAAAACGUAGUAGCUCACUUCUGUUAUUGGGCCCACAUAAUCAUAACCCUGCCUUUGGCUUUUGUGAAAAAGAUGGCAAAGAAGAUUACUUUGGAUAUAUAGAUGAUUUCUUACCGUCCUUUUUUUCAGUUAUGAAAACGAAAAUGAUUUAUGGACACAAAAGAUUUUUAAGAGAAUUUGACUAUUCAUUAGUGCAUAAAACUUACACAAUGCCAAACCUAAAAGGUUUACGACUUUUGAAAAGUUUUUUCAGGAGAAAGAACUUAGAAAACUUUGUACACAUGUAUAGCAACCUCAUGUCCACAGAAAUUGAUUUUUUGACAGAAGAUUUCGCGGACCUGUUUCAGAUUACUAUGAACUGUCAUAUGCGCGAGCAUUUCGAUCGUGCAAUACUUAACUAUAGGAUGAUUAAGGAGAGAACCAUGGAGUCCUAA